GAACAAGCCAAACCUAUGAGACAUAAAAUUAAAAGCUGGGACUUAUAGACAAGAAAUUGAAAAUUCAGGACUUAUUAUAUGCUUUUUAAUGCUAAGGUACCCAUGCUUAAGGAUCUUUCAGAUACUUUUUAAUAAUAAAGUUUAGAGAUGGAGAGUCUAUCGUUUCCUAACCCGUUCCCCAGCCAUUGUCUUCGUGGAAGAUGGUAGAAAAUCAGAAAUAUCCCAACGUUGAAAUACUUUAUAAGAAAGAAAAAAGAAAAUCGAAGGAAGACUUAAGCUUUGUCAACCAAUGCUGGCUGGACUCUAGACGCUUGGAAACUUCAAACUCACUUCUCCACCACAUCUCUGGAGGGCGAUUGCCUUUAUGUUCAAAUUCUCUUGAAUUUUCUAUAUGGAGACACUCCUAAUUCCUAUGGUUUCAUUUCAAUUAAUCUCCCACCUCUCGUGGCAAUUUUCUCUGUCAUUUUCAGUAUUUAAUUUACAUCACAAAAUUCAAAUUAUUGAAAACUACUAUUCUCUGACAAUGGAAAGUUUGGCAAUGGUGAUGGCCCCAGAGCUCUUACAUCUUCCUGACAAUUGCCAUUUUCCAAUCUACAUCCCACCAUUUAUUAAAGUUUCUAUCAUAGGUACGUACAUGGAAAACUAUUGUUUUCUUCUUAAGCUGUGAUUUCUUUCUUUUCUUUCUUAUAAGUCUCCUCACAUGGCUAUGGGAGUUUCUUUAGCUUGCCUUGUGAUAUUUUUUUUCUGUGUCGAUGCUCUUUCUGUUCAACCUUCAUUUGUCUACCAUGGAUUUAAUAAUUCAAGUCUGAGCCUUGGUCAAGGAGCUUCUAUAGAGCCUUCUGGAUUACUAAGGCUAACCAACAGCGCCCAGUACGUUAUAGGCCAUGCUUUCUAUCCUAAUUACCAACAGAUGUUUGAUAAAAGUUCUGAACCAGUUUUAGAAGUUUCUUCUUUCAGCACAACUUUUGUGUUUGCAAUCGUUCCAUCAAGCUCGGGUCCACCAGUUGGGCAUGGCCUUGCCUUUGUUAUAGCUCCAUCAACCCAAUUUCCAGGUGCUGGAAGUGAACAUUACUUGGGAUUAUUCAACUCCUCCAACAAUGGCGACCCUUCAAAUCAUAUCUUUGCGGUCGAAUUUGAUACUGUCAAUGGUCACGAUGACAGUAGAAAUUUCAAAGGCAACCAUGUUGGAAUCAACAAGAAUGGUGUGCUAUCAAUUGCGUCUGAAUCAGCCGAGUAUUCUGACUAUGGCUCUGAAGUGAAGAAGGAGGUGUAUUUGGAUAGUGGUGAUCCAAUCCAAGCUUGGAUCGAGUAUGAUCGGCACCGAAAGUUACUGAAUGUCACAAUAGCUCCUGCAAAUGUAAGCAGACCAACUGAGCCAUUGAUUUCACAUCGCAUUAACUUCACUUCAGUUUUGAAGGAGAGGAUGUUUGUUGGCUUCUCUGCAUCAACUGGAAAAGAAACAAGCUUCCACUACAUUUCAGGUUGGAGUUUUGCAAUCAACGAAUCAGCACCUGUGUUAAAUGUUCCUCGACUUCCAAUACCACAGAAAGGGCAAAUUCUUCCGCCUUCAUCAUCGACAUUCAAUCCUCUAGUAACCGUUCUUGUACCAAUAUUAUCUGUCAUAACACUUAUGGGAAUUUUGUUCUUAGCCUCCAUAUUCAGAAGAAGAUUACGAGGUGAGAACCUUGAAGAAUGGGAAAAAGAUUGUCCUCACAGAUUUGAUUAUAGAGAUCUUUAUAAAGGAACAAAGGGAUUUAAAGACUCUGAGCUCAUCGGAUCAGGAGGCUUUGGCUCAGUAUACAGAGGUGUCUUACCUUCCACUGGAAGUGAAGUUGCUGUAAAGAAGGUAACAAGAAAUGCGAGUCAGGGAAUGAGGGAAUUUGCUGCAGAAAUCGAAAGUUUGGGCCGACUAAGACACAAGAACUUGGUAAAUCUCCAAGGAUGGUGCAAGAAAAAGAAUGAUCUCCUCUUGGUGUAUGACUAUGUUCCAAAUGGAAGCUUGGAUUCUCUCCUCUACCAUCCAAAAGGAAACUUUGUACUGAAUUGGGAACAAAGAAUCAACAUCCUCAAAGGCGUUGCUGGUGGAUUGUUAUACCUACAUGAAGAAUGGGAGCGAGUAGUGAUCCAUCGAGAUAUUAAGCCAAGUAAUGUAUUGAUAGAUAUUGGCAUGAAUGCUCGACUAAGUGACUUUGGUCUCGCAAGGUUAUAUGACCACGACCAAAUAUCGCAUACAACGAGUGUCGUUGGCACGAUCGGCUACAUCUCACCUGAGUUGGCUCGCACUGGAAAAGCAUCGAAAACUACGGAUGUGUUUGCGUAUGGAGUAUUAAUCCUUGAAGUGGCUUGUGGAAGAAGACCUCUAGAAUCAGAUAUAUUCAUAUUGGUAGAUUGGGUAAUGGAAUGCCAUGAAAGCGGUCGUAUUCUUGAUGCAGCCGAUCCAAAGUUGAAUGGAGUUUAUGACAUGGUUGAAAUGAAGAUGGUUUUGCAACUUGGCCUUCUUUGUUCCCAUUAUAAGCCUGAAGCUAGGCCAAGCAUGAGGCAAGUCACUAGGUUUCUUAAUGGAGAAGACCAAAUUCUUUCUUUUGAUCCUUCACCUUAUUCUCAACUUACCUUCCAAUCUGGCUCCGGAUUCACUCAAUUUAUUCCACCUUCCUCCCGUACUUCAACCACUAGUUUUGCCUCUUCAACUUCAAUGGAUGUCGGUCGGUAAACAAUUACCUUUUUGUAUUUACUUUUUCUAAGUUAAUCCAUGUAAAUCAGUAUCCUACAAUAAUCAAAUUUAAAGGAAAUCACAUAUCAGCCUUUGAUUUUUUAAAAUUAAGUCUAUAAACAUCAUUUUACUUCUAAA